GUCAUGUGAUGUCAGCCUACGAAGAUGGUGGAAGUUUCUUCUUCCUUGAAGUGAAGCCCCGACUGAAACCCAAACAUCUUAUAGAUUGAGGACCCGGAGUUGACUUUAGUGUUACCAGUUUGGUUUUACAGUCUCCCUUCAUGUCCGGGACUUCACCCCAGUCCUAUGUCAUGGCCAAUGAAGUCACCAAGUCGGGCACUUCCAACGGUCACCUUGUGAAGGCACAGCUACAAAUCAUAGUGCUAUCAGCAAAACUGAAAGAGAACAGGAAAAACUGGUUUGGUCCCAGUCCUUAUGUGGAAGUGACAGUCGACGGCCAGUCCAAAAAAACAGAGAAAUGCAGCAACACCCACAGCCCCAAAUGGAAGCAGCCGCUCACUGUGAUUGUGACUCCAUUCAGCAAACUGCUGUUUCGUGUGUGGAGCCACCAGACUCUGAAGUCAGAUGUGUUGCUAGGCAUGGCCACGCUGGACGUCAGUGACACACUAAAGUCUAACGACAUGAAAAUCUCUGAGGUAGUGCAGACCUUACAGCUGUGUACAGACAGAGACCAGUCAGAUGUGGUGGGAGAUCUGUCUGUCUGCCUGGAUGGCAUGACUGUUGACCCCGAGAUGUUUGCCACAGCCGAGGCUGAACAUCACAGCAAAUUAAAUGGGGAAUUGCAACCUAACGGGGAUCACGUCAUUGGGCGGAGUCGGGACAGCUCUCCAGCUGUGGAUUGUUCAGAGCCCAGGUCCUCCCCCUGUGGCCAGAAGGCUGCAAACGGCACAGGGUCUCCCUCAGUGUCAUCAGGGGGCUCAAGACCUCUCCGACCACCCAGGCCCUCCAGACCUCCUCCUCCAACCCCCCGCAGACCCACCUCUUCACCAGCAUCUUGGAGCAAUGGCCCUGCACCGGCCGAUGGCAUUGAUGGUCAUUCAGGUUCUGAUACACCAGUGCGAACACCGGCCUCAGCAUCCUCAUCAGCACUGGACUCAAGUCCGUCAUUGGGCUCAGACGGGAACUCCACACCGUCCUCCAACUGUGCAGCUGCAGCAACCAGGCAGCCAACCAGCGGCAUCACUCCCGUGCUACCCUCCAGGGUCCCCUCUGUCAACACUGGGCCUUUGCCCCCAGGGUGGGAGCAGAGGGUGGAUCUGAACGGCAGGGUGUAUUUUGUGGAUCACGUGGAAAAAAGAACAACAUGGGAACGUCCUGAGCCACUACCCCCUGGCUGGGAGCGCCGUGUUGACCAGAUGGGGCGGGUUUAUUUUGUUGAUCACAUUACUCGAACCACCACGUGGCAGCGACCCACAGUGGAGACGGUGCGUAACUAUGAGCAGUGGCAGCACCAGCGCAACCAACUCCAGGGCGCCAUGCAGCAGUUCAACCAGAGGUUCAUAUAUGGGGUACAAGACCAGGCCCCAGCCACUCAGAAUAAGGAGUUUGAUCCUCUCGGGCCACUGCCACAUGGAUGGGAGAAGAGAACGGACACCAACGGCAGAGUUUAUUUUGUGCAUCACCCUACACGGUCAACGCAGUGGGAGGACCCACGACAACAGGGGUUGCUGAAUGAGAAGCCGCUUCCAGAAGGCUGGGAGAUGAGGUUCACUGUAGAUGGUAUUCCUUACUUUGUAGACCACAACAGGAGAACCACCACCUACAUCGACCCACGCACUGGAAAGUCGUCACUUGAAAACGGACCUCAGAUCACCUACGUUCGAGACUUCAAAGCCAAAAUACAGUACUUCAGAUUCUGGUGCCAGCAACUGGCAUUGCCUCAACACAUCAAGAUCACUGUAACCAGAAAAACGCUGUUUGAGGACUCCUUCCAGCAGAUAAUGAGCUUUAACGCUCAAGAUCUGCGAAGGAGACUGUGGAUCAUCUUCCCUGGUGAAGAGGGCCUUGAUUAUGGAGGUGUUGCCAGGGAGUGGUUCUUCCUCUUGUCCCAUGAAGUUUUGAACCCCAUGUACUGCCUGUUCGAAUAUGCCGGUAAAGAUAACUACUGUCUCCAGAUCAACCCCGCCUCCUACAUCAAUCCUGACCACCUCAAGUAUUUCAAGUUCAUAGGACGUUUCAUCGCCAUGGCUCUUUUCCAUGGCAAGUUUAUCGACACUGGUUUCUCACUGCCAUUUUAUAAGCGCAUCCUCAACAAGCCACUGGCUCUCAAAGACCUGGAGUCAAUAGACCCUGAGUUUUACAACUCCCUCAUAUGGAUCAAGGAUAACAACAUUGAGGAGUGCGAGUUAGAGAUGUUCUUCUCUGUUGACAAAGAGAUCCUGGGGGAAAUCACCACCCAUGAGCUGAAACCUGGAGGAGGAGACAUCCAAGUCACUGAGGAGAACAAGGAGGAGUACAUCAAGCUGGUAUCAGAGUGGAGACUGUCCAGAGGAGUAGAAGAGCAGACACAGGCUUUCUUUGAAGGCUUCAAUGAGGUCCUUCCUCAGCAAUACCUGCAGUACUUUGAUGCCAAAGAGCUGGAGGUUAUGCUGUGUGGUAUGCAGGAGAUUGACCUUGCAGACUGGCAAAGAAACACCAUCUACAGACACUACGCUCGGAGCAGCAAACAGAUUGUCUGGUUCUGGCAGUUCAUGAAGGAGAUGGACAAUGAGAAGAGGAUGAGGCUGCUGCAGUUUGUCACCGGUACCUGUCGCCUACCUGUAGGAGGCUUCGCUGACCUUAUGGGGAGCAACGGUCCACAGAAGUUCUGUAUUGAGAAAGUGGGAAAAGAAAACUGGCUUCCUAGAAGUCACACGUGCUUCAACAGACUGGACCUGCCACCCUACAAGAGCUAUGAGCAGCUGAAGGAGAAGCUGAUGUUUGCCAUCGAGGAGACAGAAGGCUUCGGGCAGGAGUGAGAGAAUGGAGGAGAGGUUUAACUAGUGGAUGUAUGAGUCUGAGGGAAUCGAGUCCACCAGUGUUCAAAUCAGGGAGCCUUUUGAGAAUAGGGCAGUGUUUUCUGUACUUGUGCACCUGUAUGGUACUUCUGCUGGUGCAUGUGCAAGACUGCAUGUCAUUGCAAAGGAUCUGGGCAACCAAUGUCUGCCAUACAUGCCACGCUCACAGCAGGCCUCUAAGGGGCCUGAUGGGUAUAUGAACAUUGGGCGUUGUUUUAAACCAAAACAAUGAAGCUGCUCCUGUUUCCCAGAAUGUGCACCAAAUCAUGCAUGUGAUCCUGAAAACUCACCUUCAGUGACAUCUGUCUAAAAGGAAUGCAGUUGUUUUUCCUCCUUAAACCUGUGGUCACAUAUCGGCAGGCAGUACUGUGCUGAGGCCUUGGAGCAACAUGUUCUGACAGUAAUGUUGUGUCAUGGGUCUUUGACUACCUGAUUUCUUCUUAAGUUGCUCUGCGUUCCAUUCUCUGAUGGUCUUAAAUUUUAAGGUGGGAUUGAGAGGGUGCACUAGUUUUAAAACAGGUUUAUGUUUCACCAAAAGUCACUGAAGUCUGUUAUUUCAAGUUUUUCUUUUUUUGGCCUAUAUAAUAUAAUGUCCCAAAAGUCUCUCGCUUUUUUCCACAUAUCAUGACUAAAGUGAAUCAGUAACACAUGGCAAUGUAAAAUGAUAGUUUUGACUUGGUGAAUCUAUACAAAGGGGCUCUCCACGUUAACACUGAAAUCAAAAAUCUUGGUGCUUCAUAAAGAUUUGCCUAAUAUAAGUAACGAGGGAGAACCUGUUUUGUACUCCAGGUUCUGUAGUAUUUGAUCUAUAAAUCAUUAAUGACUGUGAAAAGUGUUGUAACCUCCACUAUUUAUAGUGGUGGAAGAGUUCAGCAGAGCUCAAACACACCCUAGUUUUAUAGGGUCAGAGAUGGGAUGUCUUCUGGGAGAGAAUAGAAGUUAUUCGUCAUAGUAUCAGCUACAGACCUUUUACGGCUUUUUAAAUUUGUGGGUUGUUUCUUUUGAAAGCAUGAUCCUAAAGAAAUUCAGUGGGGUUGAUGCGAGUAUUUUAAGAUGGUUUUCAGUGUAUUCAGUACCCAGGAUAUACUGACUAUGUCAGAACAUUAGGAACACAAGUGGAGCACCAAAUUCAAGUCAAACCAAAUCAAAAUCGACAUUUUGAAUGCUUUCUUUGCAAACACACAGCUCUUCACCCACACGUAGCAGUUGAUGGUGAGUGACAGAGCGGGUACCACUUAACUCCUCUCUUGGUCAAAAGUGGACCACAAAGUAAACAUGAUUAAUAAAUACUGUUUUUUUUUUUGUUUGUUUUUUGUUUUUUAUACAUAUAAAUUUAACUCUGCCAAAAAGAUGCGGUUAUCUUCUGCUUCAUAUUUAAACUAACAUUUUACCUAGCGAGUAUGUUCUCUUAACACAAUUUCAUUCUUUUUGCAAAUAUUAUUACUAAUUAAUUUCUGACACAGUGAAAUAAUACAUGCAGUUUUGAAAAUGUGUUAAAGAUUCUUACUCUAGUAUUGAUUUUGGAUUCCAAGAACAGCUGAUUUUGGCAGGCUACUGUUCAGGUGUAUGUGUGUGUGGGUGGGUGCACAGAGAAACCUCCAGAUGUUCUACCAACGUGGAAUCCAGUGUUAAGUGUGUACAGAACAGUAGUUACAUUAUAAAUGCAAUAAUUUUUUUUGGUUUGGCUAACAGUAUCUGAUCAACAGUAACAGAGUUAAAAAAGAUGAUUAACCUCUUUUGUCUCUAUGAAACAUGAACUCCAGGUAGUGUGGCUGCUCAUUUUAGAGUGGAUUAGUUAUUAAACCCACUGAAAAGAGGCUUGGUUACUGAUGAACAGCGCAGUUGUGCGUUGUCCGACAAAGUAGAGCACUUUUUAAAAAUGACCCUCCACUUUACUGCAUGCAGGGGCAUCCAGUCUGGGUCAGUAACUGGGCUUUGUUUCCACGUGUGCUGACAUGGUCUGGUAUCUGCCAGUAACCUUCACCUGGGAUAAAGCUAGUUUAAUAUAACAAAUGCAGUACAUCAUGAGGAAAAGCUGAUCGGCCAAGUCGCCUACUUGUGAUCGCUACCCCUAAUGCAGAGUGUCAUUUUAAACUUCUUCUGGGUCAAUCAUAAUAAAAUCCUGGCCGUGUAGUAGUAAUGCAUAUAUGUAAAUAUCAUAAUUCUUUUUUUUCUAGACAACUAAAUCACUGUCACUCUCCUGUAUAUGAAAACAAGCUGUAAAUUGUGUCAAUAAAUUUUCUUUUGUAAAAGAGGCUUUAAUAAGAGGUUUACGGUUAACCCUAUUUUCUUUCCCCAGUUUGAUUUGAUGUACAUGAGAUGUGUAAUAUAGAAAUUAUCAACUUAAUAAAUUAAACUUGAAAAAUGUGUGUUUGUGUCUUAGAUAAACAAUAGAACCAGUGGCAUUAAUGUGUUUCAGUCCCUGUCAGUUUCUAAUUAUAAAUACCGAGUCUUCUGGUCGGGGGGGGGGGCCAAUAACCCUAAAAACAGACAUAUUCUGCAUUGACAUAUAAAACAUAAGAUCCUGCAAAGAACGUUCAUAUAUAGUUGGAAGUAAAUGAGUGAAUAUCAUUUAAAUAACGUUUUAAUUUAAAACAAAUAAUCACUUCCCAGACUUUUGUUUUUCAUUUAAAUAAUGGAUAAUUGAGUUUGUUAGUUGUUCCGUGCCCAAGGAAUGUUCCUACAAAGAUGAUGCUUAAAACUACAAACAUGGCUGCUACAAACAGUUUUGGUCAUUGCUCUGAAUCUGCUUGAGUACCUCGCCACCAGAUCCCACCCCGUCAUCCUCCUCCUCUUCCUCUCCUCUUUCCAUCUGCCCUUCAGUGGUGGCAAUAGACAUUGCAGCUUGACACCCUUCAUCAGUCCUCCCCGUCUCUUCUUCCUCCUCCCCACGUGUCUCCACCUGCUUGCGGCUGCCCUUUGAGCUGUCGUCGUCCUCUCUGUCACCUCCUCCAGUCUCUAGCCUUUUUGCUUUUCUCAUCAACCUGCUUCUUCUCCCGUCAUCCUCUCCAUUCUUCUCCUCUGCC